GCGCCAUGCUCUGUUGCGUGCAUACAUUGCUAUGCACAGCACAUCCUCGCGCUCUUCCUCUGUCCCACACUUAACCUUCUUCUCUACCACUCUGCACUCCCUUCCCCUUCCCCUUCAGGCGCCGUGCUCUGUUGCGCGCCUACAUUGCUCUACACAUCCUCUUCCUCUUCCUCUUCCAUCUGCCUCUCUCACAACGCUGGUGGCCCUUCGAGCAGUGGGGCCAGACACUUGGCCUCUUCCGAUUGGACGUGAGGGAGAUUCUGGAUCCGCGGCAAUUGCUGCAUGUGCUGGAAACGGCUCUCCUGCUCUCCGCCUUCGCACUGCUCCGCGCCCUCACCUGCACCCAAACCCCGGAUCCUUCCCUCAACGUUCAUCUCAAGCCUCCGCCUGGCUCGGGCCGAGCCUGCCUCUUCUAGCUUCGGAAGCAUCCCAGAUUCUGUAUCAGGUGAUAGAGGAGGAGGAGGAGGAGGAGGAGGAGGAGGAGAAGGAGGGGGAGGGCGGGGAUGCGGUUGGGGAGGAGGAGGGGGAGGAGGGGGAGGAGGAGGAGGGCGGGGAAGGGGAAUGGGAGCUGGAGCAACAGGAGGAGGUAGUUGCAAGAGCGCUAGCAGCUAGAGUGAGAGGGACAAGUAUGGCAGGCGUGCAGUGGAGAGGGGGGGCACAGGCGAGGGGAGGGGUUGAGAACAGGGAGCAGCAGCGAGGAAAGAAAGGGGGGGAUUGGAGCGGAGAGAGGGAUGUGCCACUGAGGCAACUGGGAGCAGGCGGUGCGUCGAGAGGAGAGGAGUUGGUGGGGGGAGGAGGUGCAGAUGCGGAAGAUGAUGACAAUGGGAAGAGGCUCAGACGCCAGUGUACUGCCUUGUCAUGGUCACCCGCAUCUCUCCGCCUCUCAUCCUACCUCGUGAAUAUCACUCCUGCUCCACUCCUUCCGCUUGCCACCAUCUGUCAAACCAUUGGUCUGCUUCGCUUCCCCAAUCCACCCCUCCCCCUCGCUCUUCACUUCACCACAGCACUCCUCCUCACAGCCUACGUCUUUGCCUGCACCGCCGCCCUCGCCUCUUCUCCCUCCUCCUCUGCCUCUACUGCCCCCUCUUCCUCCUCCUCUGCCUCUAUCACUUCCUCCUCUUCCUCCUCUGCUGUCGCUGCUCCUGCCGCCUCUUCAUCUUCUGCGGCUGCUUCUGCUGAUGCCGCUGCUGCGGCUGAGGCUGGAGGCACUGACAGGGGUGGGGGUACAAGAGGGAACAACGGGGAAACGAUGCCAGAGCCAGCAGCAGUGCAGGGCAGCAGCGAGCUGGCAGCGGCAGGGCACGAUGGGUGGCUGUGCUUCGUAGUGUCCUUCUCCCUCUGGGCUGCCCGUCUGCUCGCCUUCUCUGCCUUUGUCCUCCUCGUGCUCGUUCAUGCAGCAGACAAGCUAGCCCUGCUGCGCGCCCCCUAUGUGCUGCUGCUGGUGCUGCUGCUUGUGUACCCUUCACGAGCGCAAGCCGUGUACUCAGCCUGCAUCGCUUACUCCUCAUUGCACCUGCUACUGCUCUUCGUUGCUACUGACCCUGCCAUUGCGCAUCUCCCUCUGCCGCCCUACUGGAAGGCUCUGCUCUCACUCCUCGCCGGCCCCUCCUCCCCCCAUCCCCAGGCAUCCCCCCUGCCCUAUGGCAUGGCCCGCGCCCGCUCCUCCCUGGACGCCACGCGCUCCCUCCCCCACCGCCCCUUCCCGCAUCCCCCCUGCCGUAACUCCACAGGCCAUCACGCCCCCAGCAGGCAUCCUACUGCUCGCCUACGCCAUGGCUCGCGCCCGCUUCUCCCUGCGGCUAUCCUGCCGUCUUACCAGUCCAUUCUGUGCCUUCCCUUCUUCCCGCCUUCUCCAUCCCCAGGCAUUCCCCUCGCCCUGACCCCCCAGGCCAUCACGCCCCCAGCAGGCAUCCUUUUUCUUGCCUACGCCAUGGCUCACGCCCACUCCUCCCUGCAACUCUCCCUCUCUGCCACGCGCUCCCUCCCCCACCGCCCCUUCCCGUGGCCGCUGCUCGAGCUAGCUGCUUCUUACCCUUGCCUUUCUGACGCCAUCACCCCCCCAGCAGGCAUCCUCUUUCUCGCCUACGCCAUGGCUCGCGCCCGCUCCUCCCUGCAACUCUCCCUCUCCGCCACACGCUCUCUCCCCCACCGCCCCUUCCCGUGGCCGCUGCUCGAGCUAGCUGCCUCUUGCCCGCCUCCCAUGGCUGCGGCUCUUCAGUUAAAGCCGCACCCGGACAGUCUCCUCCUGCCGCCCUCCAAAGGCCCUCCCUGGCCGUACCUCUGCUUGGCAUACCCCUCUGCCCUUGCAACAGAGGCCAACACCUACUUCAUCCUCACCGCAUUCUUCACCAUCUUAACCCAUAUGCACCCAUCCGCUGUCUCCCUCGGUUUCCUCCUCCUCCUCAUCGCCUGGUGCGAUAGGGUUUGGGUUCCUGCUGCUGGCGGUGCUGGGGUGUGUGAGGCUGCGGGCUGUGAGGGGCACGGCGCCGAGAUGGAUGUUCUUAUAUGGAGGGGCGGCGCUGGUUGCGGAGUUUGGGUUUCAGGUGGUGGUGGCGCAGUGGGGGCUUGCUGCAUGGGUGGAACAGCACAGCACAAUGCUACAGGGGUUCAAUGGGAGGUUGGGUUCCAGGUGGUGGUGGCGCAGUGGGGGCUGGCGGCAUGGGUGGAAGAGCACAGCGCGAUUCUGCAGGUGGUGGUGGCGCAGUGGGGGCUGGCAGCAUGGGUGGACCAGCACAGCACGAUGCUGCAGUGGCUGGGCCUUGUCUUAUAUGAAGACACUGCUACUAGCACUGUAGCAGGGGGGCGAAUGUGGGCUUUAACGUCUGGUUGUACUGCCAAAGCAGUGCUCCUAGCAGCUUGUCUGCUCCACCAUGCCUCCUGCCACUGGCUCGCCGAGCUUCCUCCGGAGCUUCGGGCCGACCCUAAGGGCGAGCUUUGUGUGCUGUUUGUGCCUCCCGAAGCUGUGGCUGCGGCUCGGCACGCUGCUUCGGUGCACGCAGAGGAGAUGACGGUGAGAGGGGGAGAGGAGGGAGGAUUAGGGAGGGGAUUGGGAGGGGGAGGAGGGGAGGUGGGAGGAAGAGGGGGAGGAGGAGGAGGAGGAGGAAGAGGGGGAGGAGGAGGAGGAGGAGGAGGAGGAGGAGGAGGAGGAGGAGGAGGAGGAGGAGGAGGAGGAGGAGGAGGAGGAGGGGAGGGGGAGGGGGAGGGGGAGGAGGAGGAGGAGGAGGGGGAGGGGGAGGGGGAGGAGGAGGAGGAGGCAGCACAGAAAAGGACGCACAGAAGGACUGUACCCCUCCUCAAAGCCAGAUCAGGAGAGGCGGGGAAGGAGGUGGAGGAGGAGGAUGAGGAGGAGGAGGACCAAUCAGAGGAGGCGCGGCGGUACCGGCAACAGCUGCGGUCGAUGUGGGCCGCGGUGCAAAACACAGUGGCACACUUCUUUUCACUCUACGGAUUUCACGUGGUGGUUCUAUUCCUCCUCGUCGCCAGUUUCGCAGUCAAGAACAUUGUCUCGCUGCUCUACACAUCCAUCGUCGGCCUCUGCAUCGCCCUCCCCCCGCAUCUCGUGCGCCUGCUCUGGCCGCUCCUUGUAGUCACCUUCGCUGCAAUCACCCUCUGGCAGUACUACAUGCUCGCCGGCCCUCCUCCCUUCAACCACCCGCCUGCACCCCCUUCCAUGCACAACCCCCCUCCCGUGCGCAACCCUCCUGCGUCCCCUCCCUUUCACUACCCUUCUAGACCCCCUCCCUUGGACAAACCUGGAUCGAUAGUAAAUCCCCCGUCGCCUGAAGCCAGCCAACGUUCGUUUCUGGAUGUGCUCCUCACACCACAAGCAUACCCUUGCUCUCCCUUCAAUCCGCCCACUUAUCCCCUCAAUAGUCCUACCCAGGGCUUGCCUUGGCUCUGGGUUAAUAACUCUAGCGAGGGAAGGUUCAACAGCAGAGGGUUGUUUGACGAUGGAGGGGUGUUGAAUGUCAACAGGCGGCCCCCCCACCCGCCCAAGACGCACAGCCGCAACUGCCAGGACUGCUGGCUCAGCACGGACUCACAGGAUCCCACCUGCUGGGACUGCUGGUUGGAAGGGCCCUCACCCAACUGGACCUUUCUGGACCACUGGAGAUUCCUCUACUACAAAUACCUCCUCUGGAUCGUCCUCAUACUAGUCUUUGCCACAGGAACCCUCCAAUACGACCUCCUGCACUGCGGCUACCUCGCCCUCUCCCUUCUCAGCACGCGAAAACACGCGGCGAUUCUCCGAGGCCAAACCACUGUCCUGAACUACCUCCGAGCGUAUAAUUUCCUGCUAAUCACCGCUUCCCUGGUCUACCAGUGCCCGUAUUUCCCGUACCUGCCCGCACUGUCAUGCAACCCGUUCAGUAUUGUCGGGCUGUAUAAGUACGACUAUGGGCUGAGGAUGGACACGCGGAGUGCGGUGGUGGAUCUGACCAUGUUUGUGCUCAUCACGCUCUUGGCUCACAGCCUUCGAUCCGAGCUGUUUCAGCAAGUUCUGCUUUUUACAACCAAGCAGGAGGUGAGGCAACGGAUAUGGCUGGGGCUGUAUAAAUAUGACUAUGGGCUGAGGAUGGACACGCGGAGUGCAGUGGUCGAUCUGACCAUGUUUGUGCUCAUCACGCUGCUGGCCCACAGCUUGCGAUCGGAGCUGUUUCAGCAAGUGCUGCUCUUCACCACCACGCAGGAGGUGAGGCAAGGGAUAUGGGUGGGUGGGUGGGUGCACCAGAGUAGUGUUGUGCGGUGCUGGUGGGUGGUCGAUCUGACCAUGUUUGUGCUCAUCACGCUGCUGGUUCACAGCCUUCGAUCGGAGCUGUUUCUGCAAGUGCUGCUCUUCACCACCACUCAGGAGGAGAGGGACAGGCAGAGAGCGUUUGAGAUGGUGGCGGCGUGGCAGCGGGAGCAUCUGCGGCAGCUGCAGCAGGCGGAGGAGAGGCGGCGGCAGCGCAGCGAGGAGGUGCAGCGCAUGAAGGACGGCAUGCGCCGCCUCCACUCCCACCUCGCCCUCCUCAACUCCCCCCUCUUGCCUGGCAGUCGUGGUGCAGCAGGCGGGGUAGCUGGGCCCGGGGCGGCUAGGCUGGUGCAGCAGCAUCAGCAGCAAGUGCUGCAACUGAUGCUGGCACGGGGGAGGGUGGGAGGAGGGGGAGGAGGGGAGACGGGAGAGGGAGGAGCAGGAGGAGGGCGAGAAGGGGUGCAGGGGAGUAGAUGGCAGGAUCUGCCUUGUGAUUCGUCAGAAGCUGCAAUGGUUCUGAAAGAGGUCCAGAGUGGUGCAGAUGGUGCUGCUGCUGCUGCAGCUGAAGUUGCCACUACUACCACCACUGCUCAUGCAACAUACCACUUUCCCCAGUCAACCCCUUCAAGCACAGCUGGUCAACCCCCUCCUACCGCCCUUCUCCCUCCCGCCGCACUCUCCUCCCCUCCUCACCCCAUACCAUCUAGUACCUUAUCCACCCCUUCGCCCUCCCCCACUUAUUUCCUUCCCCCAAUCUACCCCCCUUCCUCCAACACUGCCUCCCCAGCUGUACCUCCCCCAGCUGGCCCCUCCCCCGUGGAUCCUGUGUUGUCAGACGGUGUAGAAUCUCCAAUGCUGCCCCCUGCUUGUAAUGGACCCUCUUAUAACGCGGUUAUGGGAAGGGCUGGAGCUGCUGCUGGCAGAGAAUUGGCUGGCACGGAAGGGGAGGUGUGGAGAGGAGUGGGAGGAGGAGAACGGGGAGGGAGAGUUGAGGGGGUGGCAACAGCAACACCUUCACUCUCCUCAGGCAAUGUUUUCGAUGCAGCAGCAGCAACCGGCACAGGAGCAGCAGCAGCAGCAGCAGCAGUAGGAGCAGCAGCAGCAGCAGUGCCACCAGGGGUGUCAGUAUCAGUGGCAAUACCAUCUUCAUCAUCAUCACCCUCAGUAGCAUUACCAGCAGCAGCAAGAGAGACAAGGUCACGGGGAUCAUCCCUCUCCUCCCCUCCCUCCUCCUCUGCUCCCACCGCUACCUCCACCCACCCGCCCAGCACAGUCAGCACAGGUACCGCUACCAGCCGAUGGAAGCGGGCGGCAGGGGGCCUUGUCGGGCGGCGAAGCGGGCGGCUGAUUCCGGCCGGUAUGCAGCAGAUGAUUGGGCAGGGGGUGGCUCAGGUGCAAUCCAUGGUGAUUGCAGGGCUAGAGGAUCUGCUCGAUUUGGAUUCGGAAGGAGGGGAGAUCGGUGGAGUGGGGUUGAGUGCGGUGAGAAGUGAUGUAGGUGGUGGCGGGGCGAGCAGGCUCGGGAUGAGUGCGGUGGAGAGCGGUGGGGUGGGAGCCUCAGGAGUGGGGAGUGAAGGGUUGAGCAGCGCUGGUGGUGGCGUUUAUGAGGGUAGCCUGGGUAGGCUAGACGGGGGGAGUGUUGGCGUUUUAAGUGUGGGUGCUGCUUCAAGUGGCAGGCCACGCAGUAGCAGCUGUAAUUGGCCUGAGGGAUCUCAAACUUCGGUGGGUGAGAGUGAUUCUCAAUCCCAGAGGCUGGAGGGGUUGGGCGGCAGUGCUGGUGGUCUUGGUGUUGGUGGUUUUUAUGAGGGUAGGCCAGAAGGGGAGAGUGUGGGUGUUACCCCGAGUGGAAGGCCGCGCAGCAGUAGCUGCAAUUGGCCUGAUCCCUCUUCUAAUGACGGGAAGGAGGAGGGAGGGCAAGACAGUUUGAGUGCAGCGCAGAGCUCUGAUAUCCUCCCUGUCAGCAGUGAGGUGGAUGUAUCAGCAGUGGCUGAUGCGCUGCCAGCUGUCCUAGAAGAAGGACCAGACGGUUUGAGUGCAGCACAGAGCCCUGAUAUCCUCCCAGACACACGCCCUGUCAGCAGUGAGGUGGAUGUAUCAGCAGUGGCUGAUGCGCUGCCAGCUGUACUAGAAGAAGGAUCGGGCCAAUCAGACGGCGGUUCUGGAUUUGACCAAUCAGGCGCCAGUGCUGUUCGGAGGGACGUGUUGGGGAAGGAGAUUGUAGAGGAGGGGGCGGUGACUGGUGAUGGCGGUGUGGGAGCAUCAGGGUUUGCAGGAGAGGGAAUGGGAGAAAUCGGUGAAGGGUUUAGCAGGGGAGGGGAAAGAAGGGAGCGAGGGGAGGAGAGGGGAUUUGGUGCAUCUGAGGCUGCUGGUGCUGCUGCUGCUACUUCUGUGGUCGUGAGAGGAGGGCUUCGGACAUCAGCUGCAGAAUUGGCUGCUUUUGAGAAUUCUGAAAGGCCGUUAAGUGCACCAGAGGCUGCUGCUGCUGCCAUCGCAGCGGGAGGAGGUUUCCUGGAAGCAGCAGAAGCAGCCGCAGCUGCUGUAUUGCGUCGGCAUAGGUCGAGGGGUGAAGCAGGAGAGGGGAAGGGCUCGGGGGGAGGAGACAGGGGAAGCGGAACAGGAGGAGGGGGGGUGGAUGCAGGAAUGGGAGAAGGGAUGAGUCAAGGGAUUGGGCAAGGGAUGAGGCAAGGGGCGGGAGAACGGACUGGAGAAGGGAUGGGCGAAGGAACAGGUGUAACAGCUGCAGAAGCAGCAGCAGGACCAGUAGUUGGUAACACCACCACCGCCGCUGCCAUCGCCGCCACCUUUCCCUCUCCCUCUCCCUCCUCCCCCUCCCGCCCCCGGGCCUUCUCCCGGCUGCGCUGGCUGCUCCACGCGAACAGCGACGUGGUAACCGGCGCGUUCUUGGUAACCGCGUUCUGCUGGAACCUGUCCCUCUCCACCCUCGUGUUCCCGCUCUCACUCUUCCUGUAUGCGCUCGUGUCGAACCCGUCCCCCGGGCCGAGCUGGUUCGUGUGGAACGUGCUUCCUCUCUUUGCAGUCUACCUCGCUCUGCUUGUUCAGACCGCCAUCUGCCAGAGAAACAGCCAGUCUAGGAGUGCUAAGGAGUCUAGGGUUUCUGGGGGGGCUAGGAGCUCUGUGAAGGGUGGCAGACCAGAGGAGGAGGAGGAGGAGGAGGAGGAGGAGGUCAGCCAGGCUGUUCACGUGCAUGCUUAUGUGGACUGUGCUGCUGAGAGGGAUGACGAUGCUGACGUGGAUGAUGCUGACGUGGAGGCAGCUUCGCCUCUGCUGGGCCGCAGCACCCGUGCGUCCACGUUCCCUCAGGCCUCCUUCCAAACAGCCGCCCACUCUCCUCGUCAAACCCAUGCGCCAGCCUUCCCUCUCACCCUGCACUGUGCUGGCUCUCUCAACGCUUCCUCUCUCAGCACCUCCUCCCCUUCGGCACCCAACCCACAAGAAAUAGUGAACUCUCCUCUUCCUGCUGCUUCUUCUGCUGGUGCACGUGAACGCGAUCCCCACCCUUUUCCUCCUCACACUCCUCCGCACUCGCAACUCCCUGUUACUGACACUUUAGUAGUGGUGCUCGAGGUGGUUACCAGCAGUGCCACCUCUGCUACCACCGCUGCUCCUGACUCCGCUUCCUCUCCCACCUGCUCUGAUCCUCCCUCCACCUCCUCAACGCCCCAGCAUGUCUCCUCUCAGCCACACACGUGGCACGACACCUGGCAGUCUCUCACGCCAUCUGCUGACGUGGCAAAGAGGCUCGGGAGGUUCAUGAUUGGGGGAAGGCCGGGGAGUGGGGGAGAGGGAGGGGUGGAAGGAGGAGGGGAGGGCAGGGAGGAGGUGGUGAGUGGACUGGGUGGUGGUGUGUGUGGGCGUGGGAGUGAAUUUUCAGCAGCUGCUGCUAAUGGCAUUCUGGGGAGGGCGUUUGGGUCACGUCGUGUGCAACUCACCUCAGUUGUUGCAGGUGGCAGAAGGGAGAUAGACCUAUAUCCCUACAUAUUCUGUAUCGACAUACUCGCUUUCUUCUAUGUGGGGCUCUUCUACCAGUCGGCCGUGCGAGACAGGUCGCCCUUUGAGGAGGUGAUUCACACGGGGGACCAGUUCCCUUCCACUUACGUUGCGGUUCUCAUGACGCAGUUCUUCCUCAUAGUCACCAACCGCAUCCUCUAUCUGGUCUUCUCCGCCCCCCUGCGCAUCCUCUACCACCUCACCUCCCUCCUCCUACACCUCGGCUACCCCAUGCGCCUCUUCUGGAACGCCAACCUCAUCGCCUCCCACAACACCAUCCGCGCCUACCUCGCUAUCAAGUCCAUCUCCCUCGCGCUCUCAGCGCUGCAGCUGAAGCACGGCCCACCCGGGCCUGCCAGCAAGGCGACGCCGUUUCUGACGAGGCGGGCCACGUGGCUGAGGUGGCAGCUGUUCCGGGUUUACCGCAUGCUGCCGUUUCUCUACGAGCUGCACUUGAUUCUCGACUGGUGGUGCACGAAAACAACUCUGCCUCUCUAUGACUGGCUCAAGCUGGAGGACAUCUACGCCAGUCUCUACCUCGUGACCUGUGAUCGCAAGAUAGCACGUGCAGGGCACAAGCCGGGGCAGCCGCAGGGGUGGGGGGUGAAGCUCAUGGGAGGGGCCUUUUUCUUCCUCGCUAUAGUCACAGCCAUCUGGGCGCCCAUGCUGAUCUACAGCAGCGGCAACGCCGCCAACUACAGCAAUCUGAUCUACAGCAGCGGCAACCCCGCCAACUACCCCAAUCUGGUGACAGAAGUGCGAGUGAACCUGGUUCUUCAGACCUGCUCCGGUUCCUUCCCCAUCUUUGAGGGCGGACAGGAGCGCCUGCUGCUAGACCCUCUGCUCAACCCAGGACCUGCAACCCCCUUUCAGCUCUCUGGCUCACAGCAGCUGCAGGAGAUGCGUUUCCUGGAAGGCUCCUUUGCUGGUAGUGAGGAGGAAGGUUCAGAUGACGCUGAGGAAGGUUCGCAAGAAGCUUUACCAACAGCAGCCAUACAGUCUCCUCCUCUUUCCCCCUCCUCUCCUCCCCUCCUUGCCUCCUCUCCUCCUGUCCCUCCGCCCUCUCCUCCCCUCCCUCCGCCUUAUCCUCCCCUCGCUCCGCCCUCUUCCCCCCUCCCUCCGCCCUCUCCUCCCCUCGCUCCUCCCCCUUCCCCACCCCCACCUCGAAUCCCCUCCUGGAACGUCUCAGACGAUCCUAUCCUGAAUUCCACGGGGUAUUUACCCGUCGAUAUGCGCCUGGUGUGCGUUUACCCCGACUCCCUCUCCCUCUUCCAGCUAACACCCCCAGCUGAGAGUCGCCUAAGAGAAGCACUUAGGAGAUCGGCCACAGGAGGGGGAGGCAACAGAAGCAGCAGACGAAGGGUAGGCGGAAAGUAUAGACUGAGCGGAGGGAGUAUAAGAGAUCUGCCAGGAGCAUCACACCUAGCGGUAUCCUUCCCGUAUCACCCAAUUCAACCCUCACUCUCUUCCACCCAACCAGCCUCCUCCCGUCGCUCUCUCCAAGCCUCUUCCCAAGCCUCCUCCCAAGCCUUCUCCCGAGCCUCCUCCCGAGCCUCUCUUUCCGGCCCGCCAGACCCGUGUGCGCCGAGCCUGAUGGUCCAGUGGUGGUUCACGCGUCCCCGCCCCGUACGGAGGGAGGUGGCGUCAUGGGAGGAGGUCUAUUCCGGCCUGCCCCCUGCACUGCUUGCUGAUGGGCUGCUGGGGAUGCUGGAGGGGAGGAAAGCACCUGCUGGGCUGCUGAGGGGGAGGAAAUCACAUGCCAGGAGUGGGGAUGGAGGGGAUGGUAGCGGUGGGGCUUUGGGGUUGUUGCUACCGGAGCUCUAUCCGGUCUACUGGAAGCUUCCUGGAUUCGGCAGGGCGAGAGAGCUGGAAGCUUCCAAGUGGUGGUUCACGCGUCCCCGCCCUGUCCGAAGGGAGGUGGCGGCAUGGGAGGAGGUCUAUUCCGGCCUGCCCCCUGCACUGCUUGCUGAUGGGCUGCUGGGGAUGCUGGAGGGGAGGAAAACACCUGCUGGGUUUCUGGAGGGGAGGAAAGCACCUGGCAUCCAGUGGUUGUUUUACACACGCUCCCGUCCCAUCCAAAGGGAGGUGGCGGCAUGGGGGGAGGUCUAUUCCGGCCUGCCCCCUAAAAACCCUGCUGGGAAGGGUGGGAACGGUGGGGAUGGUGGGGAGAGCGGUGGAGAGGGGUUGCUGCUGCCAGAGCUCUAUUCGGUCUACUGGAAGCUCCCUGGGUUCGGCAGAGCGAGAGAGCUGGAAGCUUCCAAGGUUAGAUCCGCCUGCUGCCUACAACUGCAAGAUGACUCUUCUAGCAGCAGUGGCAGCAGCAGCAGCAGCGGUGGGAAUGGUAACAGCCGCUGGUGGGUGCUGCACUGUGCUCCUCUCCCUCCUGACUCCACCGGUACUCUCGGUGUGUGCUCUUACAACACAUCGCAAAACGCCACCCUUUCCCGUGGCGGCAUUGGCGGGAGCAGCAGCAGCAGCAGCAGCAGCAGCAGCAGCAGCAGUAGAUGGGACAGUGGUGGUUGGGGCAGCAGAAGGGAGGGAGCAGGAGUGGAGCCACGAGGAGAAGUAAAGGGUGGGAAUGCUGCAGAGAGGGGGAGGAGGCUGGCGGAGAGUGAGGGUGUGAGGGCACUGGAGGCGUGUGGAGAAGCGUCAGGCCCUGCUGCCAUCACCGUGUCUGAAGAAGUGCCUGGUCCCGCUGCUAUCACCGUGUCAGAAGAAGUUCCCGGUGGGUUCCUUGUCUUUUCUGGCUUCCCAGAGCAUUCGUACUGCUAUCACAGGGGUAGGUUGGGGCACUGGAGGCGUGUGGAGAGGCAUCAGGGCCUGCUACCAUCACUGUUUCAGAGGAAGUGCCUGGUAGGUGUUGCUUCUGGUGGGUUGGUGCUGUGCUGUGCUGCACACUUGCUUGGUAGGAGGGUGGGUAUUAGCCAGAUGGGAUGGGCGGGCAGUGAGGGUGUGAGGGCGGUGGAGGCGUGUGGAGAGGCGUCAGGGCCUGCUGCUAUCACCGUGUCUGAAGAAGUGCCUGCUGGAGUGCUAGGCGAGGCGAUGCAGACGUUCAGCAUCACGGGGCUGUAUGUCACCUUCGUGCUCGCCUUGGGGCGGCUCAUUCGCUCUCAGAGCUCCGAUCUUCGUCUCAAGAUACCCUACGAGAAUCUGCCCUCCUGUGAAAGGCAAGUUCUUCUCUCAUGCGCCUUCGAAAUAGGCACCUCAGAACCGUCAGGCGCUCGCCUCAGAACCUAA